GAAAAUCUUUAAAAAUACCAGUUCCAAAAAUUUAUCUUCGCAUUACAUAAGAUAAAGUUUGAACCUUUUACAAACAAACAAUUUAUAUAAGACAUUAAUUACUACGAAACAUACCUUUUUAUACAAAUCAUAAAAUGGAGCUAUUAAAUAAUCCUCAGAUUCAUAGUACAUUUGCGGCACUUGGUACAAUCCAAGGCGACUCAUAUGCUAUUAAUGAUGAAUGCUUAUCAAUACUUGAGGAGAUUAUCUGCAAAUUGGCAAUGGAAGAUCAUACAUUGCGAACAUAUCGAAGGGCAAUUGGAUUUGGACAGAAUGUUAAGAAAGACAUAGUUCCUUUAUUGUUGAAUGCCAAAGAUUCGACUAUUCUAGACACGACUGUACGCUUAAUGGUCAAUUUAACAAUACCUAUUGAAUGUCUUUUGUCAGUGGACGUGAUGUCGAGGACAGAAAUUGGACGUCACACAAUUUAUGAAUUAAAUCGACUGCUUUAUACAAGUAAAGAGGUUUUUGUUGAUCUAAAAGUGACGAAGGCAAUAAUAGAUCAUAUGAAAUCGAUAUUAGAAACUGAUCACAAAUUAUCAUUAACGCAAUGUGAGAGUAUAAACAACUGCUUAUUGCUCUUCCGUAAUAUCCUUCACAUACCAGAGAAUGGUUCAGGGCAUUUAUAUCAACAUCAACAACCGUAUACAUCUAUGCAGAACCAAAUUAUAUGGAAUUUAUUUACUCAAAGUAUUGAUAAGCUUUUAAUUCAUUUAAUGACGUGUACUCAACGUGCUUUCUGGGGUGUAACAAUUGUUCAAUUAAUCGCAUUAAUGUAUAAAGAUCAGCAUGUAGGAACCUUACAAAAAUUAUUAAAUCACUGGUUCGAAGCAGUUUCCCACACAGAAAGUUCAGAAGAUAAUGAGAGUAAUACGUCACCACCAAAACAAUGUAGUGGUGAUUCAAGUCCAAUGCUGACGUCUGAUCCUACAAGCGAUUCAUCCGAUAACGGAAGUGGUAAAAUGACCACAAUAAGUGAAGAUGUUUUAUUAAAUUCUGAAAAUUCAUCUGGUCGAAUACCCAAUACUGAUUAUCAAGCAUCAACAGCACGUGCAAAACCAAAAGUAUCAGCCGCUACAUCACAAAAAUCAAUCGAUUCAACUCAAUCAAUAACAAGCUCAGAAUCCAUAGAUUUUUUGAAUCAGGAUGUUGUUAUGAAGAGUCCCGAACCAAAUGAGUCGAAAAAUUCAAAAUGGACUCAAAAGACGCGCAACUCUAAUAAUAAUCAUCCAAAUGGAAGCAAUCACAAACACAGUUCGAAUAGUCAAAAGAUUAAUUCGGGCAAGUCUAAACAAAGUCAUUAUUCAUCGAACAAUCAAUUGAGUGAACUUAGCGACUGUGGAUACGGUACGCAAGUAUCACAAGGCGACCUUCAAGGUAAUCAAGAAUCUAUAUCCACGUCAAGUAACGAUGAUGAUAGUCCAAAACAGAAACCAACACACCAAAAACCACCAAGUACGAAUCAAAAGCAGCGCUUUAAUGCUGCACAGAAGCAAAGAAAUGUUAAUGGAGCAAAUGCAACGGCAUUGACGCAAGAGAAGAAGGAUGCGAGAAGGAAAAAGCUUGUAAAGAGAAGCAAGAGCUCAAUAAUUAAUAUGAAAGGUCUCAUCCAUCACACCCCAACAGAUGAAGACAUUUCAAAUAUUUUAAAAGAAUUUACAGUCGAUUUUCUACUAAAAGGCUAUGGAUUUUUAGUGCAAGAACUACACGCACAACUCCUUACAGAUUUACAAUUGUCUAUAGACACAUCCCACUUUUUCUGGCUGGUUACCUAUUUCCUUAAGUUUGCUGCGCAACUAGAACUUGAUUUGGAACACAUCAGUUCCGUUUUAUGUUUUGAUAUUAUUUCAUAUCUUACAUAUGAAGGAGUUAACUUAUGUGAACAGCUGGAACUGAUAUCGAGACAACAGGGAGGUGACCUUAAGCCUUAUUUAAGGCGCAUCCAUUUAGUCGUUACGGCAAUCAGAGAAUUUUUACAAGCUCUGGAAGUUUAUAAACGAAGUAAUCACUUAUCAGCUGAAGAUAAGGAACAUAUUUUGACCCUUCAAACCCAAAUCUGUUGUACAGAGGACUUACGACAUUUGUUUGUGCUGUUAUUAAGAUGCUACAAUCCUAAAUUACAGUCACGACAAUACUUACAGGAUCUAAUUGUAACGAAUCACAUAUUGCUUUUGUUGCUGGACAAUGUCACAAAGCAAUCUGACAACAAAUGCAAUGUUAAAAUGCAGGAACAUAUUACACAAUUUGCAACUGUAGACAUUAUGCAUCAAUACGGAAUUUUAUUGGAAAAGUUUAAAGAAAAUGGAGAAUUUGUCAAUGAUUGCUGCUUUACAAUGAUGCAUCAUGUUGCUGGAGAAAUUGGUCAAGUGACAAUUUUAUUCCAACCCAUUAUCCUCAAAACCUUUAGCCAAAUUUGGGAGACGGAAUAUGAAAUUUGUGAUGAUUGGUCUGAUUUAAUUGAAUAUGUCAUACAUAAGUUCAUUAAUACACCACCGAAGCCACAAAUUGCAUUACCCAGUCCCGCAUUAUCAGACGGAGUUUCCAUAAAUGACAUAUGGGCUCAAGAAGAGAUAGAUGUACUUUAUUGGUACUAUGUUCAAAGCAAGAAGCAAAAAGAUAUUAUCGGCCAUAUCAUUAAGCAGUUGAAAGACUCAGGACAAAAAGCAAAGUCCCGCAUGGCUGUCAUUCAACAAUUAUUACAGCAAGAUCUCAUUUCAUUGACUGAAUAUGAUGACUUGAUGAAAUACGAAGAUUCACAAUAUGAGAGGGAGGCAAAGACCUCAGGCAUUACUGAUUCACCGUCAAAAGAAGAGGAAUCUGGCAUUGACAUUUCAGAUAGUUCUGAAACCAGCACAUCUAACCAACCUGACGAUAUUAAGGUCUUACGAGAUAGACUAUUAAAGGAGAAUAAAGGAAAGCUGGUAACAUGGUUGCAGCGCGUGCUGCUUGAAUGUUGUUUCAUCAAAUUGAAUAUGUAUUGUCCAAAAAAUGAUACGAAUGACGUUGUAAAUCACAACAAUCCAAUAUUUGUUCCGGAGCCGGUACCACAUCAUUGCAUAUUGAAAAAGCAAUCGAUACCUUUGAUACCAUACAAUUCCGAACAACAUAAAAUUUUGGUUUAUCAGCCGUUCGUCCUUUUAUUGCAUAAACUCGGUUUUCAUUUACCAGCUGAUGCUAAUAAGUUGUUUGUACGAAUUCCUGAAUUCUGGACAUCUGACAUCUUAUACACAAUUGCAGAGAAAUUGGGUCCAAUUCCUAAAAAUAAUUUAAAGUUCGAUGUAUCACGUAUCCGAAAAUCAUCGGAACAAGACAUCAAAAUGACAAGUUCCAUGAUUAUUGAUAACUUAUCAACAUCACCAUCACAAAUCGACAAGAGCGACUCAUCAUGCUUCUCAGUUCAAAGGUAUACUCCCGAGGUCACAUCAACGACAUGCAGUCAAAGUUGGCUACAAAUGGUUGUACAAAGUAAAGCGUCAGUAAGUGAAAGAAUGGUUAUAUCUCAUUUGCCACAAUUAAUGGUUAAAUCAAGCCCAUCUGAACAGUCAACGAAUGGAUCAAGAAGUGACUCCUUCCUUCAGCCUCCUUUGCCCCAUAAACGAAGUCAAUAUUUUAACAACAAAAUUUCUUCAACCAAAAUAACAACAAAGGAACUUAACAUGGUUGUAGAAUCUGACGGAUUUAGUGAUGAUACACUUCUGGCGAUUGCGAUUGGCGAAGAAGAUAGUUCAAUAUUAGAGGAACAUGAACAUGAAGUGAUUGACUUGUAUGAGACAAAUUCAGCUGCAUCGGGGCUUACACAGAUGUAUGUGAGCGAUGAAGAAGACAAGCACGAAUCAAAUCUCUUAACAACCAUUUGAAUUCUAUUUGAAGUAAAAUUAAGAAAUUUAAGGAACUACAUCACAGAAUAUUUUAAAAAUUAAUUUAUAUAUUUUUAUGUUAAUUCAUGUUCAUGCUGUUAUAGAUAUAUUUAUUUUGAUUUGUUAUUUUGGUUCGGUGGAGGACUAUUUAGAUGAUAUACUUAGAUGAAAAAAAAAUAAAAUGUUUGAUAACAUUUAUAUUUCAAAAAUGUAGCUAGCUGUAAUGUCUAUUAAAUUCUUAGAAUAAAAGGGGGUCAACAUUAUGACUUUGUUCAAGUUAAGAUACCCCAGAGGACUGAUUUCUUGGAUUUAAUUUUGAUUGAAGCAAGAGUGUUUAUAGGUACGGAAAGAAAACACGUGUCGCGACGCAAAGUUUUGAAUUCACUGCUCUAGACUCUUGUAAUAUCUAAGAUACACCCAAGAAACCGGCUCAGUACAAAUAAACAUAUCCGAGCUAGGGAAGUUAUUUGAAUAUUUUUUUGGUAUUUAAAAUCCUUAAAAAUUUUGCAUUGAAUUGUAAAAAUUAAUGCCUAUCAUAAAUUCACUCUUGUAUGCUCGGAUUUAAAAAUUAGACAUUACAAUAAAAUAUUUUUUGCUGCGAAAAUGCUUUAUAUUAAUUAUUAUUAAUUAAUGAAUUUAAAGAAACUUUUUGCAUGCUAUUGAUCGUAAAUUAUAUAAAACAAAAGAUGAAAAAAUGUUUAAUUUUUCCUAUACAUUUGUCAUGGCCUUAAAAAAUUUGUAUUCAUUAUUAUUCGGAAAUAAAGAUUUAAGUGAAUGUUAAAAAAAGUUUUUUUGUUGAUUGACGAAUUUUUGUUACAGUUUUUUUUACGGAAGUUGGUAGGGGGCCGUUCACUUAUGACGUCCAGGGGGGGGGGGGGGGGGGGGGUCAGCAAGAAAAGAACAAUAGAAAUUCCUGGAAAUCCGUUAUUCUCUUUUGAAAAAUGACCGUUAUUUUCGGACGUCAUAAGUGAACGAUCCCUAGAUGAUUUUGCAAAUUUUCAUACCAGCGACUCCCACAAUUAUUUAU